CAGAUUUCGGUCCGUUUUGCGGAAGAAAACUUUGGCCCAUUUUCUGGGACUGGGAUAGCUCCCUCGCCGGCGGAGAGGAGAGAGGAAGAGGGAGGAGAUGCUGCGGGUGUCGGAGGACGGGGACAGACGUCGUACGGCCCACGCCGCCGGCUAUGGCGACCUCGGCCGCACCCUCCUCGACCUGCAGGCCGCUGCCGACCAGAUCUUCGAUGCCGUCACCAAGCGAACCGCUGAGGAGCGCGAGAAGCUGUCGGGCAUUUCCACGCGAAUCAAAGCUGCCAAGGCUAAGAUCAAAGCAUUAUCCCAGUCAGAGGAGCCACUCACUAUUGUUUCACCAGCCUGCCAUCCUUCAAGUUCUACUAAACUAGAAGACUUCAGACCACUGUUUCACGACAAAUAUGGGUCACCGAUAGCAAAUAUUGCUGUAAAUGGAGGAUUCAACAGAGAAUAUGGGCUAGAAGGCACCCUUGAGCUCUUCCAGUUUUUCUCUGAGGAGAACUGUGAUUAUCCUUCAAAAGCUGCAGAUAGGUAUCCCAAAACGAAAGAUGCCACAUAUUUGGAGAAUAUUUUAGAGGCAGCAAACCAUCAAGCUCCGCAGAAGCAUUUGGCAUCUGACACCAAGAGUGAAGAACUGCCACCUCCACCACCAAGUCUACUACCCAAACACCUUCGGUCUCAGAGAUCAGAUGGUGUUAGAGUGGAAUCAGAUGUGAAUCCAUCCAGUACAUAAAGUUUCCAUCGUCCGACCAGUGAUUAUAAAGUAUCUUUUGGCGAUGAUAUCGGUGAUAACUUGACAGAGUAUCGCUAUCUUUUGUACUAUUAGUUGAUCCCAUAUGGUUUCUUUCAAAAUUUAGUUGCAAAGAAGGGCACAUGAUUUAUUGUAGUACCUAGGUGUGCUGAAAGGCAUUUGUCUCUCUCCUGCAACUUGUUGAUUGCGAUGCACAAAUCUGUGACACGAUGACAGGUACCAUUGCUACCUACUUCCAGGCAUUUUCUGGCACCCUGCUUGAAAUAGAAACGCGCACCGUCCAGGACCUGCGUCAGGCAUGAAUGAAUAUACCAAGUAAAAAAAAAUUUGACAA